AUGCUUUCCAACUCUAUCAGAUCAAUGGCCCUCAAGCGGGCUGCGGCUCCCAAUGCCUACCGCCCGUUGGCUCAGCGCUUCAGAGGUUUAGCUACUGCUGGUAAAAUCCCUGAUACUCAAAAGGCUAUCAUCUUCACUGAACACGGCGGUCCUUUGGAAUACAAGGACAUUCCUGUGCCUAAGCCUAAGCCUAACGAAUUGUUGAUCAACGUUAAGGCCUCGGGUGUGUGCCACACUGACUUGCAUGCUUGGUUGGGUGACUGGCCCCUCGACACCAAGCUUGCCACCACCGGCUCGCUUGUCGGUGGUCACGAAGGUGCUGGGGUUGUCGUUGAUAUGGGUGAGAACGUCAAGGGGUGGGAGAUUGGCGACUAUGCUGGGAUCAAGUGGUUGAACGGGCUGUGCCUCUCGUGUGAAUACUGCGAAAACGGUAACGAAUCCAACUGUGAUCACGCCGACUUGUCUGGUUACACCCAUGACGGUUCGUUCCAGCAAUACGCCACCGCUGACGCCGUGCAAGCGGCGAGAAUCCCCAAGGACGUCGACUUGUUCAAAGUCGCCCCCAUCUUGUGUGCUGGUAUUACUGUGUACAAGGCGCUUAAGACCGCCGGGUUGAAGCCCGGUCAAUGGGUCGCCAUCUCCGGUGCCGGUGGUGGUCUUGGUUCGCUUGCUGUGCAAUACGCCAAGGCCAUGGGUCUCCGUGUCGUCGGUAUCGACGGUGGUGCCGAAAAGGAACAAGCCGCCCGCAAGCUCGGUGCCGAAGCGUUCGUUGACUUCACCAAGACUAAGGACGUCCCUGCUGCCGUUAAGGACAUCACUGGUGGUGGCCCUCACGGUGUGAUCAACGUGUCCGUUUCCGAACAAGCCAUGCAACAAUCGUUGGAUUAUGUCCGUAAGAAGGGUACCGUCGUCCUCGUUGGGUUGCCUCCCAACGCCAAGGUCACUGCCAAUGUGUUGGACACUGUCGUGAAGUCGGUGGAUAUUGUUGGCUCGUACGUCGGUAACAGAGCCGACUCGGCCGAAGCUAUUGACUUCUUCGCUCGUGGCCUCAUCGACUACCCCAUCCACAUCGCCGGGUUGUCUGAAUUGCCUGAGAUCUACAAGAAGAUGGAAAAAGGUGAAAUCGUCGGUAGAUACGUCUUGGACACUUACAAGUAG